AUGGUCUCCGCUGCCUGCGCCCCCACCCCUCCCAGAAGCCAGAGGCAGAGCCAAUGGGGGAUGGAGCCCUCGGGGCAGUGUUCACCUGUGGUCCCCCGUGGGGUGCGGUCAGCUGUUGGCUGGGGCAUCUGGGGUGGCCGGGAAGUCCAGGCGCUAGUCCCCCCACUGUCCCUGGCCUGGUCCCCUCUGAGUCAGGCUGCCAGAGCUCCCUGGGUCAGCCAGAGGGCUCAGGUGCGGGUGGCCGGGAUGCCCCAGCCUGAGCUGAGAUGCUGCAGGGGCUCACCCAUCUCCGGUCUCCGCAGCCUGCACGGCCCACGGACGGCCCGGGGCCCCGAAAGUCCACCUGCGGUGGACCCUGAGGUGUUCAACCCCGUGUGGGCGCCCCUUCACCCCCUCGUUCAGUGCCCGGUUAGAAGGAGACGCUCGGGUGCACAGAACCUGGAGCAGCACAGCCAGGCUUUUGCUGAAUCAAUGAGUGAACAAGGGGCCUCUGGGGAGGGGGCGGCCUCCAGCGAGGAGGGCGCCUGGGGAGGGGCGCCCGUGGCAGGGUCCACCUCCCCCCGGGCAGGGCCGCGGGCUGAGAGGGAGGCAGGGGGAUGUGGCACAGGCGGUGCAGCCAGGGGCCCGGGGUGA